AUGUCUUUUGAGCAAUGGGAAGAUGCUCUUCUGUGGUGCUCCGACACGUAUCUGGGAAACAAUCUCACCGCAGAUAGCCGUAUACAGCAUCGAGCCUCUUCAACCAAGUAUGGCGAAGAUGUUGCUGAUGAGAUAGUCACGACAUGGGCCCCCGACACAGUAGAAAACGAUGGCUGCUUGGAUAUCGCCGGCCUGAAUUUUGGCGCGGCUAAAGGCCCCGUACGGCAGGAGCAGGAGCAGGAUGACGACGACGACAACGACGAUGAUGACGAACGAGAUAUCACCCUCAUCAACGAUGAGACCUCCAACUCUACCUCAAACGAUUCUUCCCUCGCAAUGGUCGCCUCCACAUCAACUGUACCUCCGUUUCCAACCGUCGAACUUGUCAUGCCCGCCUUUGCCGAAUUCUCUCCGCAGACGAACAGACGAGCCCUGAUUGAUCACUUCGCCAAUGUGCUAUCUCAUCUCAUUGUCCUACGCGAAGAUGGGGGCAACCCAUUUCAGCAGCUUGUCUUGCCAUUAUCCCAAAAGAGCCCAGUUGUUUUGAACGCUGUUUUUGCACUGGCUAGUGCUCAUAUGGAACACCGAGGCGUACGAAACAACGAGAAGAGCAUCCACUUUCACAACCAAGCCAUCCGUGGGCUGUCUACUAUGAUUGCGAAAGGGUGCGAUUCAAGAAAUGAGAUGUUGGCGGCCAUUAUACUGCUGGUUUAUUACGAGGUGCUGGUUCAAACUGGCCGCUCCAAUAUCGUUGACGGGCACUUGAGAGGUGCUGUAGCCAUCAUGUACAAUAGCCAAGCGAUGUCUGAUCCAACUGGAGUCUUCUUGGAACGGGCCUUCCGGUUCUAUGACGUUAUCACAGCACUGUCCUUUGGCUCUACCCCAAUUCUGCCCACACCAGACACCGGAAACUUUGCACCAUUCCCUCCCGUGGACUGCCGUGGUGCUACAGCCUCUACAGGGGCUGAUGCACUACUUGGAAUGGCUACUUCUCUAUGGCCCAUCAUACACCGACUGUCGACCCUGGGCGAUAUGAAACAGGAGCUCCAUUUGGCUGAGCUACGAGGCGACGCUUCGAAAAUAGCAAUACUUCGAACGGAAUUCGCGACUACGGCUUCUGCAGUUGAGCUUGCUCUACAGAAUUGGGCUCUUCCUAACGAUGAGGGUAAUGCGGCCAGCAAUCGGAUGCAAAGCAUUGUAAACAGCGCCAUGGCAUAUCGGCACUCUGGAUUCGUCUACCUUUACCGAACGAUCUACGGCCGUUCUCGGCGGCACGCCGUUGUACAACGCCACACGCACAUCAGCCUCCUCCAUUGCAUCGGAACUGUGAAUAACGAAGGCCCAAUGGGUGCUCUGCUCUGGCCCCUCUUUGUGGCAUCUUGCGAGGCGAUUGAUCCUGUUGAUCGAGAGAUGUCCCGGCAAUCAUUUGCAGCUGUUUUGCAGCGACAGGGAAUGACUAAUAUCGAGCGGGCGAGAUGCAUCGUAGAGGAGGUUUGGAGACGAGCGGACAAUGGCGAAGAUGUCGAAGAAGAAAUAAUGCAUGAUGACGAGCGAAAGAAAGAUUUGUGGAGGAGGGUGAGCGAAGAUAUGGGGGUAUCGGUUGUCUUUGGAUAG